AAGUCACAAGACCAGUCAGCUGAAUUUUCGGUGCUGGUGUCGCAGUAGUGUGAAAAAACACUAGUUAAGUUUGAUAAAUUUUCAAUUUGUGUGCCAAAACGAGUGGCGACAAACUUUUUUGGCGUUUGGAACUGAUUAGUAAAAGUAUAACAUCAAAAUGACUACCGCCCUUUAUUUGCCCGAGGAAAACAUUGACAUGAUUGCUGCCACCUCGGUGCUGCAGCAACAGGCAGCUGAUAUUCGCACUCGGACCAUCAACUGGGCCUCCUACAUGCAAUCCCAGAUGAUUAGUCAAGAAGAUUUUCAGGCCAUCAGUGCUUUGGACAAAUCACGCGCCGCCUAUUUAGGCCAGAACCCCAGCCAGGUGGUUAAGACUUUGUUAAAUCUGGUCUCGCAUCUGUCGAAGGAUUCGACUAUUCAGUAUAUUCUGGUACUAUUGGACGACCUGCUUCAAGAGGAUCGCUCACGUGUAGAUCUUUUCCACGAGACAGCCGGAAAAUUGAAGCAAUGCAUUUGGGGUCCAUUUUUGAAUCUGUUAAAUCGUCAAGAUGGCUUCAUUGUCAACAUGGCUUCGCGCAUAUUGGCCAAGUUUGCCUGCUGGGGACAUGCGACCAUGCCCAAAUCGGACUUGAACUUCUACUUGCAGUUCCUUAAGGAUCAAUUGGCCAGCAAUAGCACAGCCUAUUUGCAAGAGAUGGCCCAAUUGGCCAAGCGGGUACAAACAAUCAUUGUGCACUCGCAUGGACCGCAUGGCAAAGACAAAGAUCAUCAUGGCCAUCAAUACAGUCCGAAUAUUGCUCAGCAAAUGCAGCAGCAUCAGCACGAUUUGGCCAAUGAGAGUUAUCGCGAUAUGGCCGGCGACCAGCAACAGGAUGGCAAAUGUGUUAUACCGAACAACGAGUAUAUUCAAUCGGUGGCCCGCUGCCUGCAGAUGAUGCUACGUGUGGAUGAAUAUCGUUUCGCUUUUGUCAGCGUGGAUGGUAUUAGCACAUUGAUUCGGAUUCUGUCCACUCGUGUUAAUUUCCAGGUGCAAUAUCAAUUAAUUUUCUGCCUGUGGGUGCUCACAUUCAAUCCACUGUUGGCUGCCAAAAUGAACAAGUUCAGUGUUAUACCCAUUUUGGCUGACAUUCUGAGCGAUUGUGCCAAGGAGAAGGUUACACGCAUCAUUUUGGCCGUUUUCCGUAAUCUAAUUGAGAAGCCAGAAGAUCUGUCUGUGGCCAAGGAUCACUGCAUUGCCAUGGUCCAGAGCAAGGUGUUGAAACAAUUGUCGAUAUUGGAACAACGUCGUUUCGAUGAUGAGGAUAUUACCGCCGAUGUGGAAUACUUGAGCGAGAAAUUGCAGAAUUCUGUGCAAGAUCUCAGCUCGUUCGAUGAGUAUGCCACUGAGGUGCGUAGCGGCCGUUUGGAAUGGUCACCUGUCCACAAAUCGGCCAAAUUCUGGCGUGAGAAUGCUCAACGUUUGAAUGAGAAGAAUUACGAAUUGUUGCGUAUUCUGGUUCACUUGCUGGAGACAUCGAAGGAUGCCAUUAUUCUGUCCGUUGCCUGCUUUGAUAUUGGAGAGUAUGUGCGUCAUUAUCCACGUGGCAAGCAUGUUUUGGAACAACUUGGUGGCAAGCAGAUUGUAAUGCAACAUUUGGGUCAUGAGGAUCCUAAUGUACGAUACGAAGCUUUGCUGGCCGUUCAGAAGCUGAUGGUACACAAUUGGGAAUAUCUGGGCAAGCAACUGGAAAAGGAGAAUGAGAAUCAAAAGCAAGGCGCUGCUCCUAUUGCUGGCAAGGCCUAAAAGCACAAAAACACCAACAACAACAACAUCAUGUACAAUCUUUAAGCCAAGGCCGCCAGCCUUAACAACAAAAAAAAAACACAUACAUUAUAAACAAAACACAAAAAAAAAACCAAAACAAAAAAAAACACUUAACUAACAAUAAGAGUUGAAGAAUUAAGGAAGAAGAAAAUUUCUGUUGUUCCCUUCUUCCAUGAACUUCCUCUCCUUCCCUUUUCCCCCAUUUAAAAAGAGUUUGUUUUUCUUGAUAAAUUUAAGCGCAUCGUUUUUUUUGUUGUUAUUUUCUCCUCCACACUGUCUGUUAAAAUAA